AUGAACGACACCUACAUAGACAACGACACCGAGUAUUCCUCGUAUGGGGUCGGCCUGUCCUUCUACGAGGACAAAACUGUGGGGGAGGGAAGUACGACGGUGAAGAUAUUGCUGACCGGUUUCCUCGGAAUCUUCAUGGUGUUCAGUCUGAUCGGGAACAUCUGCACCUGCGCGGUCAUAGCGAGAGACAAGAACAUGAGAACCCCGACCAACUGCUACCUCCUGAACCUCGCUAUAACCGAUCUGAUGAUAGCCCUGUUCGUGCCGAUAGAGAUCUACCUCAUUUGGGAGCCCGACUUCUACCCCCUGGACGAGGAGGGCUGCCGGCUGCACUUUCUCCUCUGGGACCUGCUGAGCAACUGCAGCGUGCUCACGAUUCUCGCCUUUACGAUCGAGCGCUACCUGGUCAUAUCUAAGCCGUUCCUCCGGCAGACUUUAGUUCUAAAUUCGCGUGUAUUCAAAAUCGUGUCUGUGAACUGGGCGGUGGCGUGCCUGUUCGCGAUACCCAACGCGUUCUACGUGUAUCUAGUCGAGAGGAAGCAGAAUGUGUACUGUUUCUUCACCGUUCCGGACACGGAGAAGACUUAUUUGGUGUGUAUGGAGCUGCUGGUGUUCUACGUGCUGCCCAUGACGGUUAUUUUCGUCCUGUACGUGCUGAUCGCCAUGAAGCUUCGCUCCACGAAGUCGACCUCGCGCCAGAACCCCGUGCACGGAAAACAGAAACGCAAUAAAGCGGUCAAGCUGCUCGUUGCCGUAGCCGCAUCGUUUUUCAUCUGCUGGUCGCCGUACUCUGCACUGCGACUUAUGAUCGUGUUACCUGGCUUAAGUUACGAUCAUUAUUUUAAUCUGUGGCGUGUGGUGAUCUACCUGAGCUCCAUCAACAUCUACAUGUCUACGGCCGUCAACCCCAUCCUCUACAGCCUCAUGUCGCACAAGUUCAGAAACGCCUUCAGAGAUCUACUAAAGCGAGGUCCCAGCAGAAGCCAGGCCACAGCUUCACAUACGCGAAGAAGUGAAUGUUAAAGAGAGAAUAUCGUCAAAAAUAUUAAAGAACAUC